AUGAGAGUGGUUGUGCUUGCCCUGACUCUGGCCCUUGCGGCUUGUCAACAUAACUUAGCCCCUGACUUUGCUGCUGGUAAGACUUAUGUGUACAAAUAUGAGACACUGCUCCUGGGCGGUCUACCGGAGGAAGGAUUGGCGAGAGCUGGACUCAAAGUGAGGAGCAAAGUUCUCAUUAGCGCCACUGAACAGAACAUGUUCAUGCUCAAGCUUGCUGAACCUGAGUUCUUCGAGUACAGUGGUGUUUGGCCCAAGGAUACUUUCACUCCGGCCACUAAGCUGAAUUCAGUCCUGGCGCCUCAGCUGAUGAUCCCCAUCAAGUUUGAGUACGCCAAUGGUGUUGUCGGAAAGAUUUUAGCGCCUGAAGGUGUUUCGGUGAUGGUGCUGAACAUCUACAGAGGUAUCCUGAAUGUCCUGCAGCUCAAUGUAAAAAAGACACAGAACAUCUAUGAAAUGCAGGAGGCCGGAGCUCAGGGUGUGUGCAAGACUUUCUAUGCCAUCACUGAAGAUGAAAAGGCUGAACGCAUCCUCCUGACAAAGACCAGGGACCUUAACCACUGUCAGGAAAGGAUUGUGAAGGACAUCGGGUUGGCCUACACUGAGACAUGUGCCAAGUGUCAGCGGGAGUCCAAGAACUUGAGAGGAGCAACCGCAUACAACUACAUUCUGAAGUCAGUUCCCAACGGUAUCAUGAUCUUGGAAGCAUCUGUCAAUGAGAUCAUUCAGUUCACACCUUUCAACGAGCUGAAUGGAGCUGCUCAAAUGGAGACAAAGCAACGUUUGGUUUUCCUCGAGAUCCAGAAAAGUCCCUUAAUGCCCGUGAGAGCUGAGUAUCGUCAACGUGGAUCCCUCCAGUAUGAGUUCUCCACCGAGUUGCUGCAAACACCCAUUCAGCUUGUGAAGAUCACCAACGUCCAGACUCAGAUAGUGGAGGUUCUAAAUCAUCUGAUCACCCACAAUGUGGAGAGAGUCCAUGAAGAUGCUCCUCUCAAGUUUUUGGAGCUCAUUCAACUCCUUCGUAUGGCCAAACUUCAAGACUUGCAAAUGAUCUGGAGUCAGUACAAGACAAAAAGUGCCUACAGGCAAUGGAUUUUGGAUGCACUGCCUUCAAUUAGAACUCCUGCUGCGCUGAGACUCAUCAUUCAGAAAUUUGAGUCUGAUGAACUGACCCACAUUGAGGUUGGUCAAGCUUUGAUUACAUCCAUUCAUAUGCUGACAGCCAACACCGAGGUCAUUCAGCUGAUUGAGAGCUUGACAGUCAACAACAAAAUAAAGAAGAGCAUAGUUCUGUCUCAGAUUGUCUUACUUGGCUAUGGCACCAUGAUUUUUAAAUAUUGUGCUGACAAAACAGUCUGCCCCGUAGAACUGGUCAAGCCCAUCCACACCCUUCUUGCUGAGUCCAUCGCCAAGAGCGACACGCAGCAAAUCAUUUCCAUUUUGAAGGUGUUGAGUAACGCUGGCCAUCCGAUGAGCGUGAAGCCGAUCACAAAGGUCCUUCCCAUUCAUGGCACACCAGCUACAAGCCUGCCCACAAGAGUUCAUGCCGAGGCGAUUAUGGCCUUGAGGAACAUUGCCAAGAAGGAACCAAGAAUGGUCCAGGAAUUGGCUCUUCAACUAUAUAUGGACAAGGCUCUUCACCCUGAGCUCCGCAUGCUUGCGUGCAUUGUUAUCUUCGAGACACAGCCGCCGGUUGGUUUAAUAACAAGUCUUGCCAACCUUGUGAAGUUGGAGGAGAACUUGCAGGUGGCCAGCUUCACCUACUCUCACAUGAAGUCUUUGACCAGAAGCACCACCCCAAACCAUGCUUCCAUUGCCGCUGCUUGCAAUGUCGCAGUCAAAAUCAUGAGCCGGAAGCUGGAAAGACUGAGCCUCCGCUUCAGCAGAGCCAUUCAAAUGGACUUAUAUAGCAGUAAGCACUAUGCAGUAUUUUACAUGCCCCCGCAUUCCUUAUUGCUGUUAACUAAAUGGAUUUGCCCAGAUCACUUGAUGCUCGGUGCUGCUGUCAGUACUUUCUACAUCAAUGACGCUGCCACCAUUUUGCCAAGAACCCUCGUCGCUAAGACCAGGGCCUACAUUGCUGGAGCUGCUGCUGAUGUCCUGGAGGUUGGAGUUAGAACUGAGGGACUCCAGGAGGCUUUGCUGAAAAGCCAUGCAUUAACUGAUAAUGUGGACAGGCUCACCAAGAUGAAGAAUGUCAUCAAAGCUCUGUUGGACUGGAGGGCCACACCCAAUAGCAAGCCUCUGGCCUCCAUCUAUGUCAGGCUCUUCGGACAAGAACUUGCUUUCAUCGACCUCAACCAGCACCUGAUUAACCAAGCCAUCACGAUGGUCAAUGGGUCAUAUGUUCAGGAGCUUGGUAGGGAUGCCCUCAAGUCUGUGCUGUCAGGAGUCUCUUUCCAUGUUGCUAAGCCAGUGCUGGCUGAAGUGAGGCGUAUCAUGCCAACGGCUGCUGGAUUUCCAAUGGAACUUGGCCUGUACACUGCUGCUGUGACUGCUGCAGCUGGUAAAAUCAAGGCAACCGCAACUCCAGCUCUGCCAGAGCCCUUCGAGUUACGCCAUCUCCUGAAGACCAACAUGGAGCUUGUGGCUGACAUCAAACCAAGUAUCGGUGUGAACAUGUUUGCUGUGAUGGGAGUGAACACUGCAAUUCUCCAGGCUGCCCUGCUCUCAAGGGCCAAGCUCAACUCCAUUUUACCAGCCUCCAUUUCAGCAAAGCUUGAUAUCAAUGACGGUCAAUUUAAGAUUGCGGCUCUACCUGUUGCUGUACCUGAAAACAUUGCUGCUAUUGAGGUUGUGAGCGUUGCUGUGGUGAGAAACAUUGAAGAUCUUCCUAAUGCCAAAAUCACCCCCUUAAUCCCUACCCAAGACAUGAAGCCAACUUCAAAGGAGCUCCUCACCUCAAAGACUUCUUCUCGCUCUGCUAGUUUGGCUUCAUCUUCAGAGAUCAUUCAGGAGGAUGUGGCAACAGAUUUCAAACCCAUCAGAGACAGAGCAUUUUCUAAAAAGUACUGCUUCAAAGCUUACGGCAUUGGACUGAGAGGCUGUAUCAAGGUUGCCACAACCAAUGCUGCUUUUAUCAAGGACAUUGCGUUGCACAAAAUGGCUGGAAGGCACUCUCUUUCUGUGUCAGUGCAGCGCAAUGAAGAUGAAUCCAUUGAAAGACUGGAGAUGCUGGUUCAAGUUGGACCAAAGGCCGCAGAGAAGAUCAUCAAGAAGAUCACUUUGGGUGAAGAGGAAAUCAUCGAGGGAAGGCCCAUCUUGAUGAAGCUCAAGAAACUUCUGAAUAGCACCUCUUCCUCCUCCUCUUCUUCAAGCAAGUCCUCCUCAUCAUCAUCUAGCAGCAGCAGCAGCAGUAGCAGCAGCAGUAGCAGCAGCAGCAGCAGCAGCAGCAGCAAACGCAGCAGCAAACGCAGCAGCAAACGCAGCAGCAGCAGCAGCAAACGCAGCAGCAGACACAGCAGACACAGCAGGCACAGCAGGCUUGCUCAAAGCAAGUCUGCAUCUAGUUUGGAAUCUCUCUUCAGCGCCAGCUCUCGUUCCAGUCGUCAAGUCUCGAUGCGAGUUAACUUCGAGCGCACUUUCCAGAAGAACCACAAGAAGUCUUUAGCUACUUCAUCGUCUCACAAGAGCAGCCUCUCAAGUUUUGAGGCUAUCUACACCAAGAACAAAUUCCUUGGCAAUGAACAUGCUCCUGCAGUUGUUGUCAUUCUGCAAGCUGUGAGGACCGAUGGCAAGCGCCAGGGAUACCAAAUCACUGGCUACGCAGACAAGACUAAUGCUCGACUUCAGAUAAUCCUGGCUGUCCUGGCUGCUGAUAACAACUGGAGGAUGUGUGCUGAUGGUGUUUUGCUCAGCAAACACAAAGUCGCAGCCAAAAUAGCUUGGGGAGAGGCAUGCAGACAGUAUGACAUGACAGUCACCGCUGAGACUGGUCUUCUUGGUCCAAGCCCAGCAGCUCGCCUCAGAAUGACAUGGAAUGAACUACCAGUUGCCCUCAAACACUACGCAAAGAAGGCACAUCAUUACGUUCCUGAUUACGUGCUGGACAAAUUCAUCCGAGGGAAGGACAACAACAGUGUCAAUCAGUUGUCAUUCACAGUAGCUGCAACAUCUGAAAGGACCUUGGAUUUGAUUUUCAAGACACCAACACGCAGCAUCUAUAAGCUGGCUUUGCGUCUCCCCAUUGCUCUGCCACUGGAUGAGUUAACGGGACUCACACCCUUUGAUGAUGUGGCUGAUAAAGUCCGUUACUUGAUCUCCAAGGCCGGCGCAGCUGAAUGUAGCUUCAGCGGAGACACAGUGACCACGUUCAACAACAGGAAGUACAAGAACGAGAUGCCUCAGUUGUGCUACCAAGUUCUGGCUCAGGACUGCAGUGAGGAGAUGAAGUUCAUGGUCUUGUUGAGGAAGGAUGAUAAUGCGCGCAAUCAUAUCAACAUUAAAAUUGCUGACAUUGAUAUCGACUUGUACCUGAGGAACACUGACGUGGUUGUGAAGGUUAACGGAAGAGAGGUGCCCACCAACAAUCUGCCAUAUACGCACCCAACAGCUAAAAUUGAGAUCAGACCAAAGGGAGACGGCAUCUCUGUCUAUGCCCCAAACCUGGGACUUCAUGAAGUCUACUUUGACAACAAUUCAUGGAAGGUUAAAGUUGCAGACUGGAUUAAGGGACAAACCUGUGGACUCUGUGGAAAGGCUGAUGGGGAGAUGAGACAGGAAUACCACACUUCCAACGGACGUGUGACUAAGAACGCCCUCAGCUUUGCUCAUUCCUGGGUCCUGCCGGCCAAAAGCUGCAGGGACAACACAAAGUGUCGCAUGAAGCUUGAGUCGGUGCUGUUGGCGAAACAGAUGAAUGUCCAUGGCCAGGAGUCCAAAUGUUUCUCUGUUGAGCCUGUGCUGCGUUGCUUGCCUGGCUGCCUCCCUGUCAAGACCACCGCCGUCACCGUUGGCUUCCACUGUCUGCCCAUCGAUGCCACCAUAAUUCCCCAGGACUUUUACAACUACAGUGUGGAUCUGAGGGAAACAACCAAAGCCCAUCUCGCUUGCAGCUGCACUGCUCAGUGCGCAUAACAACACUUACUCUGUCACUUCGUC